AUGGAGGGCCUCCUACCCUUACUAUACAGGACUAUCCUUCAGUAUAGGGCUGGUGAGCAACCAGCCCCCGCAGAGUCCUGGUACCGUGAAUUGCCUGCAGUGCCCUACAUCCCACUUCCGGCGGAUUCAACAAGCUCCAAUCGAUCGGGAAUCAAAUUCCUCUUGUCUCCAGCUUCUGCCAUGAGUCCUCCCCCAAGCUCCCAACUCAUUGCCUCUCCUGGAAUCCAAUUCACAAUGUCUGCUUCUACCUCCAGCCCGCUCAUAUCCUAA